GACUUCCACGGGCAGCCCUGGGCAUGAAGGGCCCAGGUUCUGGGGACAGGCAGGGACAGCCUUCCACCACGGAGAGCCCAGCUGUCAGCCGCUGCACAGGGAGAUGCUGCCACCUCGACCAGGACCUCGGGGCAGCCCUGGCACGGGCGUGCCUAUGGGCACAGCCCUGGGAGUGCUGUGGCUGUGCCUCACAGGAGCCGUGGAGGUCCGGGUCCCUGAAGACCCCGUGGUGGCCCUGGUGGGCACCGACGCCACCUUGCGCUGCUCCUUCUCCCCCGAGCCCGGCUUCAGCCUGGCGCAGCUGAACCUCAUCUGGCAGCUGACGGACACCAAGCAGCUGGUGCACAGCUUCGCCGAGGGCCGCGACCAGGGCAGCGCCUACGCCAACCGCACGGCGCUGUUCCCGGACCUGCUGGCGCAGGGCAACGCGUCCCUGAGGCUGCGGCGCGUGCGCGUGGCGGACGAGGGCAGCUUCACCUGCUUCGUGAGCAUCCGGGACUUCGGCAGCGCGGCCGUCAGCCUGCAGGUGGCGGCCCCCUACUCGAAGCCCAGCAUGACCCUGGAGCCCAGCCAGGAUCUGCGUCCCGGGGACACGGUGACCAUCACGUGCUCCAGCUACCGGGGCUACCCCGAGGCCGAGGUGGUCUGGCAGGACGGGCAGGGCGCGCCCCUGUCCGGCAACGUGAGCACGUCGCAGAUGGCCAACGAGCAGGGCUUAUUCGACGUGCGCAGCGUCCUGAGGGUGGUCCUGGGCGCCAACGGCACCUACAGCUGCCUGGUGCGCAACCCGGUGCUGCAGCAGGACGCGCACGGCUCCGUCACCAUCACAGGGCAGCCUGUGACGUUCCCCCCGGAGGCCCUGUGGGUGACCGUGGGGCUUUCUGUGUGUCUCGUGGUACUGCUGGUGGCCUUAGCCUUUGUGUGCUGGAGGAAGAUCAGGCAGAGCUGUGAGGAGGAGCGUGCAGGAGCUGAGGACCAGGAUGUGGAGGGAGAAGGAUCCAAGACGGCCCUGCAGCCUCUGAAACACUCUGAAGGCAAAGAAGAUGAUGGACAAGAAAUAGCCUGACCGCAAGGACCAGGAGACUGUCGGCGCUCCCUGGGGCUCCCGCCCUCCAGCUGCACCGGGGCCUCAGCGUGAGCCCUACCCCAACAGAUGGGUUCCCACAGUGGCAGGUGGACUCCAUCUGCAAAGAAGGCUACACAGACCACCCUGCAGCCUUGUUUCCUGAUGGACAUGAUUCCCACGUCAUCCUGCUGCCUUACUUCUUACGGACAUGAUGCACAGACCGCUCACCGCCUUAUUUCUCUAAGUCAUCCUGCCUGCUGCCUUAUUUCUCCAGUGACACGAUACAUGCGUCAUCUGCUGGUUGUUUCUUAGGGACACGGGACACAGAACACGCCACUACCCUAUCCUUCCAGCACUGCAGGCACCAUCCAGUUGCCCUUUUUUCCUCCAAAGGAUGCAGUUUGCAGGCUGACUCCCUGCCUUAUUUCUCUGAAGACAAAAUCCACCGUCACCCCUUGCCUUGUUUCUCAGCUGGUCCUGAUACACUACUUAUCACUUC